CCUAUUUAUUGUUCAACCGUCGUAACAGCAUACAUCAUGCUUAGCUGAUAUGUGAUCUUCCUGAGCCGGCGCUCAGAGUUCUUCGACCAGAAGCACACUGCCUUCGAGCGCGUGAACAUCUGCCAAACCCUGACAGUGCCACAUCCAUAUAUCCAAUCCCAUUCACUUAACCCUCACCAGUUCUAUGCUCCAAUGAUUCUGCCGUCCCCCAUUGAAACCUCCAAAGUCGGCUUCCAGAUUGGCGUUCCUAUACCACCGCCACGCCCGCCGAUCCACCCCAACAUCCAAUAUGGAUCUACGUCUCCCGUUCCUCCAAAAUACUUCAUUACGCCACGUCCAAAAGAAACCAUCACAUACAAUUUUGCGCCGACACGGUCACCUCUGGACCCAAACUCUAUGCUGCUGUACCCACCACCGGACAUUGACGUUGACCAGGGUGCACGAACACCGUACCAUAUAUGUGUUAACAUGAAUUGCUUCACGCCUUCGUCCCAUAUCACCACGAUCAGAAAGUCAUCAUCUGAAGGCGAAUUUGUCGGGGAUUUUGAGAUUGGUCCAAGUCAUGCCAGAAUAUCCAACACCGUGUGUUUAAGAGGACACGAAUGCUCAAUCAACGAAGUAUUAUCGUCUUCGUCCCGGCUGUUUCAUAGUAACUGGACAUGGAAGACUGUCGGUGAACACGAUGCACCCGUCACUCUUUACUGGGAUGAUAAUAAUGGUGGAAGUGUCAUAACUUGCUUCCGUUCCAAGGAAAGGACACUGGCCAACCUCCUUGCAAAAUUUACGCCACGCAAUCAGAUGCGGAAGCAUGGACGGCCAAUCCAGUACCCCAAACUUGAGGUGACUCCGGAUGGACACGAUUAUUUCGAGGAUAUCCUCUUCUCGGCUUUAAUCAUCGAACGUAUGCGAACCGAUCCACCUGUACAUCUGAUUUAAAAGUUUUCAUGCAUCCUCAGGCCAUGAGUGCUAUAUGUUUGAGCUCAC